AUGGCUGUUAUGGCCCAGGGUUUGACCCGGGGGUCCAACCUUCGAGGCCUCCUCGGGGACCCCCAGGAGGUCCAAAAUUGGUCCUUCGUCCCGGCCCCCCUGCCGGGCCCACCCGGGGGAAACCGGAAGGGUCCUGCCCCCCCUUCAGAGGGGAACCCCCCUAAAACUGAACCCCAGGAGCACCAGUUUAAAAAACCAACCCGGGGGAAAACCCCCGGGUGGCAGUACCCCUUUUCCAGGAAAGAGGAAAAGGGUUUUGCCCUCACAGGCAGAGCCCAAAAGGCUGGGUUCAUGCCACAAGCCGGAAACAAAGAAACUGAGGGCCCGCCCAGGGGAAGGCCAAACCCAAAGCACGAAACAGCCUGGGCCCAGAAAAAACCCAAAAACCAAAAGUCAGAGCUACCAAAGGGUCUCCACCCCCCCAGUGGAUCCCCGGGGGGAUCACGUCUACGGCUGCCACGUUUUCCCAUGGCAAAGAGGCCCCGGGUGACCCUGCACACGACCGGUGGGUCUAGGGGGAGACUUCAAGCACACCACCCCCCUGGGUCCCUGAAGGGGACCGGGGUGCGGCUGGGCCCUCCAAAUAGCCAACCCUGCUCGGGGCAUUCCCCGAGAUCGCUCUCCUCAACGGGGGAGCCAAACCCUUUGAGAGGGGGGGUCCCAGACCCCAAACCCCGGCCACUUGGGGACUCCCGAUGGAAAACCGACAAGGGCCCAAUGGGAGGCGUUCCAGAGCGCCUUGGCCCCCGGGCUGAGAACAAUGAACCCAACCCCCAGAGCGAAAAUUGGGUGCUAAAAAGCCAGACUUUUAAAAGCCCUUGGGUGAAGGGAGCCUCACUGACCCUACCCCCAAAACUCGGCCUUUGGGCCCAGGAGUCCCCAAGGACGCCUUACUUUUAA